AUGACGGUAGAAUUAAUUGCAAAUUUAGAAAAUCAUAAAAGACGAAUAUGGAGUAUUUGCUGGAGUCCGGAUGGCAAUUUUCUCGCGUCUGUUGGCGCAGAUAAAUAUAUAACAAUAUGGUAUAAAAAAAAUAUUAACAAAACUGAAAAAGAAAGUAAUAAUAGUAAUACAAACAAAUCUGGAAAAUAUGACAAGUUUGAAAAAAAAUAUAAUGAAAAAUAUGAAAUCGAAUUUGGUAUACAUGAUAUAAUCGAAACAAGUCAUGAAAAAUCUUUGAGACAUAUCGAAUUUUCGAAGGAUGGGAAUUUUUUUAUUGUGGCCUCUUUUGAUUCAAAAUGCUCAAUUUAUGUCAAACAAAAAAAUAAUAAAUGGAAAUUUUAUAAAACUUUAGAGGGACAUGAAAAGGAAGUUAAGUGUGCCUCUAUUCAUCCAACGAAUAAAUAUAUAGUUACUUGUGGUCGAGAUAAAAGUAUCUGGGUACAUGCAAAAAGUAAAGGAGUAGUUUCCAAUAACAACUCCUUAAAUACAGAAGUAAAUCCCACCCAAAAUAAUGAGCAAGCAGAUAAAACCAUGCAUAAUUCGGAACACACAGAAAUAUUAAAUCCAAAUGAAUGCUCAGAAGAAAAUACAAAUAAAUUAGAUAAUAAUGAAUCAUUUGAUUUUAAUUUUGAUGCUUAUUUAACGGCACAUAAUGAAGAUAUAAAAUUUGUGACAUGGUGCCCAUUAAGUGAAACAACUUUUAUUUCUCUUUCUUAUGAUAAUUCAUUAAAAUUAUGGAGUAAAAAAAAUGAUGAAUGGUAUUGUAUACAAACAAUAAAUGAACAUAAAUCGGUUGUUUGGUGUGCUGCAUUUAAUUUUGAUGGCUCACAAUUUGCUACAUGUUCAGACGAUAAGUCAAUUAGAAUAUGGGAAAGUGAUAAAAAAAAUUCAUACAACCAAUUCAAAUAUCCUUUUCUUUAUCGUCAAAUAAUAAAAGAUGAACAAAAUAAUUCAUUUUAUUUUGAUAUGAAUGACGAAUCUCUAUCUUUUUCAAGCAACAAAGGAAAUGAUCCACAAACUAAAUCAGAAUAUCAAUACAAUCUUAACAAUGAAAAGUUAGCUAGUCUCGGUCGUGCAGAAAGUGAUAAAAAUGCAAAAGCAUUAUUAAACAUGUAUACAAAAAAUAAUUUCCUUCCCUUAUAUUUUCAAUAUGGAAUGUUCAAAACUGUUUAUACAUAUCCCAAUGGAAAUAAUCAAAAUGAUAAGAAAGGAACAGAAUAUGAAGAUAAAGGUGAACAGGAAACUGAAAACAAUCAUACUAUCACGUCACAAAAAAAAUGGUCUAUCGGAAAUACUUCUGAAAAUUCUUUAAAUAAAACAAAUGAAUUGACAUAUGAUGGAGAAAUAAAUUCUGAACAUAUAGAACAAACAAAUUAUUUACCCAUUAAUAAUAUACAAAAUAUAAAUAAAAAAGAAAAAUAUUUACAAAAUAUUGUUUUUGAUGAUUGGAAAGUAAAACAUAUCAUAGAAGGCUAUCAUAAAAGAAGUAUUAGUUAUUUAGAUUGGAAUGUUUUUGAAGAUCUAAUUGCAGCAUCUUCAUUUGAUAAUUCUUUAAAAAUAUUUUCAAAAAAUAAUCAAUCAUGGGACUUAGUAGAAAAUGUUGAAGAUGCACACAUAAGUGAUGUUAAUUGUGUGGUUUGGUGUCCACAAAAAUAUCAAAAUGAUUUUCUUCUCGCUACAACAGGCGAUGAUUGUGUAAUUAAUAUAUGGAUGUAUAAAAAAGAAUAA